AUGGGGGAGAAGUCAGAAAACGGUAGGGCUCCGGAGGACCUGCUCAGUGGUUUGCAAGUUACAGAUACCCAGGAAGCAGAAUGUGCUAGUCCUUCAGUUUCUAAUCCCAGUGAUCCCCAGCCCCAGAGCAAGCCGCCACAGGCUGUGGAGGCCCAGCCCCAGGAGGACCAGGGAGAAGAGGAGCACUUCCAUGACUGCAGCGCCUCCUUUGAGGAGGAGGAGCCAGGAGUGGACACGGUUGAGGACAAACCUGAGGAUGAUGUGAAUUCCUCUGAACUCGACGAAGAAUACCUAAUAGAACUAGAAAAAAACAUGCCAGAUGAAGAGAAACAGAAAAGAAGAGAAGAGAGCACUAGACUGAAGGAGGAGGGAAAUGAGCAAUUUAAGAAAGGAGAUUACAUCGAAGCUGAAAGUUCUUACAGCCAAGCCCUUCAAACGUGCCCAUCCUGCUUUCAGAAAGACAGGUCUAUUCUGUUUUCAAAUAGAGCUGCUGCGAGGAUGAAGCAGGACAAGAAGGAGAUGGCCAUCAGUGACUGCAGCAAAGCCAUUCAGCUAAACCCCAGUUACAUCAGGGCCCUGCUGAGGAGAGCGGAGCUGUACGAGAGCACCGACAAGCUCGAUGAAGCCCUGGAAGACUACAAGUCCAUUCUAGAAAAAGACCCAUCAGUGCACCAAGCCAGGGAAGCUUGUAUGAGAUUACCUAAGCAAAUUGAAGAACGAAAUGAAAGAAUGAAGGAAGAGAUGUUAGGUAAACUAAAAGAUCUUGGGAACUUGGUUCUCCGACCUUUUGGACUCUCCACAGAAAAUUUUCAAAUCAAACAGGAUUCCUCUACUGGCUCCUACUCCAUCAAUUUUGUUCAAAAUCCAAAUAAUAACAGAUAA